GACCCGAAUGUAACAGACAUUGAAAUGCUGAAGAGAACCGACGCAAAAAUUGGUUCUGAUGCAGAUUCUUUUAUCCCGAACUACCUGGAGGUUGUUCUUGGAUUCAAAAAUAGCAACAUCAUCGAAGUAGGCCCCCAAUACAAUGUGAGCGACUUCACGAGCAAACGUAUAUCUGCUGCCUUUCUUGAACUCCCAUUUGCGGAAGUGUUCAUCAACAAGAACUGCAAGGGGUAUACUUCCACUGCACUAAACCACAGAUUUGGAGGAUUCAGCUUUGCAUUCCAGCAAGGCUCUCCAAUAGCCAGGGAUUUCACUAAGGCCAUUCUAGAGCUAUUGGAGAAUGGAGAACUGAAGAAACUUCAAACACAUUGGCUGACCACACCCGAGGGGGAGUGUUCAAACAAUGCAAGUUCAGACACACCAGGAAGCUUGAGCCUCAAGAAUUUCUCCGGCCUCUUUGUAAUAACCAGCGUUACUUCCACCCUUUGUUUGCUCCUAUCUCUUGUUAUCUUGAGGAGGAAGUUUCAGCACCAAGAAGCAGACAAAGGCAAUGCAAGUCCAAGUCCAAGUCCAAGUCCAAGUCCAAGUGAUGGAAGUCUUUGGAACAGAACUGUUAGAAUAGCAGGAUUUAUUAAUCACAGUCUUAGCAUUCCAAAGGGAGCUCCAUCUUUUGCUAAUGUAGAGGAAUGGAGUUCUCCAUUAAGGUGGGAUUAUACCUCCACUUCCAACACUCCUGAGCAUCCACAGGCCUUGAUGGAGCCAGCACAAAUUGAAUUCAUUCCACAGGAAUCUAUAGAACAAAGGCAAUAGUAUAUGUAUAUUAGUGAAAAUUAACUCCAUACCAGAUUUUGUUUUUA